AUGGUAAUAACCUUUAAUUUCCUAAUUUCAAUAAUAUUUUGCCAAUCCAUUGUAAAUACAGUUUUAAGUAAUUUAUUGGAUGAUACUAAAGAACAUUGUCAAGAUUUACAAUGUAUGAAAAAAAUUUUUAUUGACAGUAAACAUCAGUUAGUACAUGAUGAUGGCACAACUGAAACAUGCAUAUCUUGUGACCAAUGUUAUAAUUCUGGUUUUAGUGUUUGUAUGAAAAAAAAAGUUUUUACUGUUACAAGAGGUGGAAGAAAUGAUGAUGAAAAAAUAUGUUCAUGUUUUAAUUCAGUUCCAGAAGAAUGUCGUAUUCAACCACAAGGUCCUCCAGGAUAUAAUGGUGCAUUUAAAGGAAUAUAUAAUAUUUGUUAUUAUUCAUCAAUCAAAAAUCCACCACAACCUUUAGCUGUAAAUACAGAAAAAUCAAUUAUUGUUACUAUAUCACCAUUUUGGACAGAACCAUAUUGGAAAGAUUUUCAAUUAACUAAUCUUACAUUAAUAUAUGAAUAUCCAAUUCAAUCUCCUGAACAAUGUGAAAGAGAAAUAACAACUAAUUUAAAUGGUGAACCAAAACAUUCUUGUACUGGUACUGUAGAUAUUAAUAUGAAAAGUGAAGAUAUUGCUGAUAAUACUGAUUACAAUCCAAUUGAUUUAUUUUCAGAAGGUGUUGAACCAACUUAUGAUGAUUUAUCAAAUGAAUUACCACCUGAGGUAGAAUUUGACAGAGAAGUAUUUGCAGGUGCACAUAAUGUAAAACUUUGGAUGACUGUAACUGUAAAAAGGGGUAGACAACUUAUAUCUAAUACUAAUACAUCAAAUAUUUUUAAAAAUGUAAAUACAGUACUAUCAUCUAAUAUUUUUAAUUUUGAUUUACAACCAGAAAUAUAUGGUACUGAAGGUAGAGUAGAAAGUAAUGAAGAUGAUGAAGACGAAAAAGAAAAUGAAUCAGAAAAUACUUUACUUAAUAAAUAUAAUACUACUACUACAACUGUUUCACCAAUUGUUAAAGAAGAUGAAAAUAUUAUGAAAACAAAAAUUGUUUCUAAAGAAGAUAAUAUUAAAGAGGAAGAUAAUAGUAAAGAAAUCCAAGAAGAAUCUAAAGAAACUGAAACAUCUGAAGAAGAUACAUCUAAUGAUAAUACAUCUGAUGAAAAUAAACUAGUAAAUGAUGAUAAUGAUGGUAAUGAUGAUGGAAAUAAUGAUAACAAAUCAUUUGAUGGUACUAGUUUACCAGAAAUUCAGUCUUUAGAUGAAUACAAUGAUGAUAAAUCAAGUGAAGACAACUCAACUAUACAACCAUCAUUUGAGGAUGAAAAUAAAAUAAAUAUUAAAGAAAAUAAAACAAUUGAUGAUGAGUCAAUAGUUGAAAAUGAUAAUAACACAACAAGUAACAAUACUUCAGUAGUAACAAAUCUAAUAAAUAAUGUAAUAAGCUACUUAAGUUUUACCGAAGAAUUAGAACUUUCAAGAAUUGUUUUUGCUGGGUGUGUUGUGUUAUGUUUGAUAAUGCUUUGCUGCACAUGUUUAUGUAGGAGUAAAUUAUUAUGUUGUAAAAAUAGAAAUGGCGAUUAUGAUAAAGUUAAUAAUUCAGAAUUUUCAAGAAAUAAUACACAAGAAAUGCUGAAUAGUAAUAAUGAACAAAUAUGUAAGCCUUUGAUUGAAUCUUCAUCUAAAUUAGAAAAAACAGAUUGUUAUGAUAAUUCUAUAAAAGUUGAAAAUUCCAAAUUAUCAACUAGUGAUAUUGUAUCAAAAAAUAACACUUUACGAUUAAAACAAUUAUAUCAAAAACAAUAUAAAGAAUUAAUUAGUUCAUCUCCAACAUUAGAUUAUAAAAGAUUACGUCUCGAUGAAAUUAUUGGUGAUGGAAAUUUUGGUGUGGUUUUAAGACAAGCUGUAUUACAAGAUUUAGAGGAUGCUGGAAAAAUAAAAGAAGUUAUUACUUGUUCAUCACAUAAAUUUGAUAAAUUUCAUAAUCAUGAAUUAGAUAGCUUUUUAAAUGCUCUAGCUGUUUCUGUUAGAGCAAAAACACAUCCAAAUAUUGUUAGUUUGAUAGCAGUUGAUGAACAAUUUGAAAAUUUAUUAUUAAUUUUUGAAAAUUUUAACUAUCCUGAUUUGUUAACAACUCUUAGAGAAAGCAGAAAACAAAAAAUUUCAAAUACACGAUAUGCUGCUGAAUUGACACCAAUUGAAUUAUGUAGAAUAAUGAUUGAUUGUGCUAGAGGAACAGGUCAUUUAAUUAAAUCAAAAAUAUUACAUUCAAUGUUAGCUGCAUGUAAUGUUAUUGUUUUACCCAAUAGAACAGUUAAAAUAGCAGGUUUUGGUUUUGCCGAACAAAGACAAUUACAUUGUAAUCAAUAUGAACCAAAACCUGGACCAGAAAGAUGGCAGUCACCUGAAAUAUUAAUACCAAAAAUUUAUAAAGAUACAAAUUCAAAAAUAGCUCAAUCAAUGAUAUGGUCAUUAGGUAUACUUUUAUGGGAAACAGCAUCUUUAGGUGGUACACCAUUUGAAAUGUAUGCAACAAAUGAAGAAUUUAUUGAAGCAAUUUUCUUACAAAAAGCUAUGUUAACAAUGCCAGCACACUGUUCUGUUGAAUUGUUAUCAAUAUUUCAUACAUGUGUACAGUAUGAUCUUGUUCUUAGACCAGAAACAACUGACGCUAUUGUAAGAAAAUUAGAAAUUCUACAAUCUGAUGCUGAUAAUCACAUAAAUUUAACAACAACAAAUCCUGGAGAAAUGUUUUAUUUCCCACCAAUUAAUACAAGAUUAGAACAAAUAACAGCAAGAUUUUAA